AUGUUUAAGAAAAUCAGCAUUGAUGUAGAUAUACACCCGUUGAGUGAUAAGGUUGUGCUGCCACAUGAAGUGCUUGCAAACUGGGCGGGGUUAUCUACGGGAGAUGUUUUUGAGCAGUCGAAGCCGUUGACUUUGCUGCUGACUGCUCGCAGACAAGGUGCUACAGGCGCGAUUGGAACAUGCGUCGUUGGAAUAAGAGAGUUCAGCUUGGAUGACAAGGAGGCCAUUUUAUUGCCUUGGCUUGUGGCGCAGCGGUUGGAGCUCGGGAACGACCUUUCUGAGGUGACAAUUGAGUACCGGGUGUUCUCUGAGCUGCCCAAUGGAACAUCGAUGCAGUUGGAGCCACUCGGAGUCGUAUUCUGGUCGCGAUUGCUGGCAGAGCCUGGGCACGGCAUGGACGACUCCGUUGAUGCGCCGCUGCCGGCGUGGCUGCAGUCCGACGAUGAACAUGUACGUGCGUUUUUGGAAGCUCGCUGGAACAACACACUAACUUCCGUGAUGGCAGGAGACUGCCUGCUGGUUUCGACAGCGGAGAACGGUGCAGCGGCGGAAGAGCUCUACAAAUUCAAGGUGCUGCGCCUGGAGCCCGCAGAGGUAGUCUGCGUGGUGAACACUGAUCUGCGGCUCGAUGUCGUCCGAUCGGUCAGGGCGCCAACCGCCGCGGGGUCUGAAGUAGAGCAUGUGCGCGAAGUGGUAGGUCAAAGUGGCCGCACAGCAACUGUGCAGCUUGGAGACGUGGUGCACGUUUUACCGGGCACCAAUGAGAUGUACCAAAUUGACACCCGGGGAGAACGCGCAGUUGUUGAGAUACUCUGCAACGAUGAGGACGAAUCUUUCCAUAUUGUAGGCGGUACUAGUGACCUUGUCACGGAGGAGUUCUACGAGAUAACCAGCGUCGCUUCCGCCGCUAAGGAAUCACACAAUGGAAAGAAUCGUGGAAAUUGCAUCCCGAUCGAUUCUUCGAUUAGAUUCCUACGUUCUUGCUUCUCAUCAGCCCCAAAAGGAAGCACAUUCUCUUUUACGGUGCGUCCUGCUGCGGAGCCGUCGGUUGCAUGUAUCACAAGUGCUGAUGAGGUGUGCUGUGAGUACUGUGGAAACUGUAUCCUGAAGGACACAUACAUGAUGCAUGAGCUGCACUGUCAGCGAAGGACGAAGAUAUGCGAUGUUUGCGGAAAAAAAUACAUCAAUACUAGGGUAAAGCCGACCGCUCAUUGGCACUGCCCUAAGCAAGACUGCGGGGGAGUUGGAGACACUGAACAGAGCCACAUAACACAUGACAGAUAUUGUCACGAGGAACAGUUAUGUGAGGGCUGUCAGCACAGUUUUGCCAAUGCGAUCGAACUUGGGAGACACAAGGCUCUUGACUGCCCUAUGUCAUUCCACUACUGUCGCUUUUGCCAGCUGAAGGUGUUACAUGGCGAAAGCACAGUAGAAUCGCGAUAUUUUGGCCUAUCUGGCCACGAAUACCACUGUGGCGUUAAGACUGUGGACUGUUAUAAAUGCCAGAAGCCGGUACGGAGACUAGAAUUAGCUUCGCAUUUGGCUUUACAUGACCACGAACGUAAAGUGAGAGGUAAAAAUACCCUCAUACUACUAUGCGGGAACGUUAAUUGCCGCAGGGCCGUAUCUUCAUUCAGCAACGAUCACAACUUGUGUGAUACUUGUUUUGGACCCUUUUAUUCUACAGAGGAGGAUCUCAAUGGCAAACGGUUUAGGAUAAGACUAGAAAGAAGGUACUUUAUCCAAAUGUCGCGCGGAUGUGGCUCGACAUAUUGUAAGAAUAGCGCAUGCAUCUCUUCGGGGCUAGCUUCUUUCCCAGAUACCUUGUCACUAAUGAAGUAUGUCCAGCAACUGCUUUUAGAAACAGACUACUACCUGUGUGUAGAUGAAGCUACUACACGGCGUAAGCUCUUAGCGGACACAUUUCUGGAGGUAUCAGAUGCAUAUGCUAGCCCGUGGGUUUAUAGAGCCGUUGAUACUGGUGCGAAGGAUGUCGCCUCAGUUGAACAGUGGCUAAAAGAAAAUGCAUUGGCAAAAAGCGAAUUAUAG